GUCACUGUGCUGUGAUCUGUUGUUCACCCUGUUCUCCUGCAUCACGUCCCCUGGUUUGCUGCCUUCCUCUGCGGUUACACAGAGGAACCGUCCAUGGGGACUCUCAGGCCCCUGUUUGCUGUGCACAGUUUCCCCUGGCACACGUGUCGCAUUCAUUGGGCAGCACCAACCCGUUUGCCUGUUCACGGCCCGUUCCCCUGAUGUCUUUGGGUCCCACUGACGACCCUUGCAGCCCCCUCUGGAGCUUCCAGACUUGGUGUCUGCGGCACAGCAUCGCGCUGUUGUGCCAUCCUGCCCUCACAGCCCAGGGCUCCGCAGCCCCUGCGCCAAAUUGCCUGUGAGGGGGCAGGGAGAAGUUGGGGCCAGGCCUUCUCCCCAACUUGCAGUCCCUUGUGGAACUGCCUGUUUUCCCAGUGCAAAGCCAUGCUGGGCACUAAGGCAUGGGGAGAUUCAGCAGGGGAGGGAGUGAGGCGCAGAUCCCUGCACGUGGCAGGGACGGGAUGGGGUGGGCAUGUCAGCGUCCCCUGGCAGGUCCAUGUCCACUUGCUGACACCAUGUCCUGUCCUCUCUGCAGGUGAUGCCACUCCUCAGACUCGCUGGGCACCUGGCGGAGAAAGAGAAGGGUUGACCACUGCUCUGGCCCCGAAGCCCUGAACCACAAUGGCAGCUGGAGAGUCCCCCCCUGCUGAAGUGGUCUUCGUCAACCUGCAGCAGGGAGGCAAUGGGGCCAAGAGAGGCUUUGCCAGCGCCGAGGACGACGAGGACUUGGAUAAGACCUUGUCCAUCAAGAGGUUCGGGGACCUGAUAAGCAAGUCGGCAGCAAGAGACCUGGAGAAGCAGCAACGCAGCUACAAUGAAAGAGAUUUUGAAUUCCAUCGUCAGACCUCUCACCACAUCCACCACCCGCUUUCCACCCACCUGCCACCUGCCCUCAAGUUCCCGAAGCGGCACCCCCGUGCCAGCCGGAGGAAGAGGAGGAAACGAAAGAAGAAGAAGACCUCGGUGCCCCCCUCAGAGGUCACCCCCACCAUCCAGGAGGUGGAUGAGGAGGGCACGGAGGCAGGGGAGGAGGAGGAAGAAGAGGAGGAGGAGGACGGCGAAUCGGAGGCCGAGGAGGCCCUGGAGAAGGUGGCCUCCCCGGAGUCGGAGACAGAGGCCCCAGGGAAGGAGGCGUCUCCCAGACUGGGGUCCCCUGGCAAGCCAAAGGCAAGGCUGUGGGGGGGAGCUGGCAAGCUCCCGCAGACUGGUGCCCCGGCUGGUCUAGGGACAGGGUUCACCAUCGGGAGUGACGAGGAUGACGCCUACAGUGCCACAGCCACGACGUGGUUCCACGUGGAUGAGGAGUGCGGUGUCCUGUCCCCUAGGCUGCGUCUCACCCACCUUCUUCAGGACCGGAGCCCAGCCUCGCUCCACAGCCUCCCGGGGCCCAGGGAGUGCCUGUCACGGGGCUGGGACAAGCGGAAGCCCUGGAGCCAGGUGGUGAGUGGGCAGCGUGUGAGCUAUGACCUGAAGGAGCGGAUGUGCAUCGGCAGCAUGACCACACUGGACAGUGCAGCUUAUCAGCGCGUGCCCACCGACGAGGCCGAGGCCCAGAUGCUGGCAUCCGCCGACCUGGACGGCAUGAAAAGCCACCGCUUUGAAGACAACCCUGGUGUCAGGAGGCAUCUGGUGAAGAAACCAUCUCGGAGCCAGAUCACUAGGACAAGCAAAAAGAUGGUGACAGCUCCAUCAGUCAAGAAGAAGAAGAAGAAGAAGAAGCUGGACCGGCGGCCCCAUGAGGUGUUUGUGGAGCUGAACGAGCUGGUGGUGGACAAGAACCAGGAGAUGCACUGGAGGGAGACAGCACGCUGGAUCAAGUUCGAGGAGGACGUGGAGGAGGACACGGCACGAUGGGGGAAGCCCCACGUGGCCUCGCUGUCCUUCCGCAGCCUGCUGGAGCUCAGGAAGACCAUUGCUCAUGGCGCCAUCCUCCUGGACCUGGAGCAGACGACGCUCCCAGGCAUUGCACACCUGGUGGUGGAGACCAUGAUCAUCUCAGACCAGAUCAAAGCUGAGGACAGGGCCAACGUGCUACGGGCCCUGCUGCUGAAGCACAGCCACCCCAACGACGAGAAGGAGGGCUUCUUCCCCCAGAACCACUCCAGCUCCAGCAUGAACUCAGUCGUGGGCAACCACCACCACAACCACAACCACAUGACCGACACCUGCAUGCCUCUGAUGGGCGAGGAGCGUAUUGAGAUGGCUGACCCCAAACCCCAUGACACCGAGUGCAAGGAGAAAAACCUGCAUCUGCACAACUCUGAGGGGCACCGCGGGAAGUAUCUGAAGCUGAUGGAGAAGAUUCCCGAUGAUGCGGAGGCCACUGUGGUCCUUGUGGGCUGCGUGCAGUUCCUGGAGCAGCCCACCAUGGCUUUUGUCCGGCUGAACGAGGCCACGUUCCUGGAGUCUGUCCUGGAGGUCCCGAUCCCAGUCCGGUUUAUCUUUGUCCUGCUGGGGCCCAGCCAGGCCAACAUGGAUUACCACGAGAUCGGGCGCUCCAUCUCCACCCUUAUGUCCGACAAGCUCUUCCACGAGGCUGCGUACCUGGCCGACGACCGCCAGGACCUGCUCAACGCCAUCAAUGAGUUCCUGGACUGCAGCAUCGUCAUCCCCCCAUCGGAGGUGGAGGGCAAGGACCUGCUCCGCUCCAUCGCCACCUUCCAGAAGGAGCUGCUGAGGAAGAGGAAGGAGCGGGAGCAGAAGAAGUCCACAAAGGAGGGCAUCGCCCAGGAAGCCAGAGAGCUGUGUGAGGUGAAGGCUGAGGAGGAGGAAGAGGAGGCAGAGGACGACCCCUUGCGGCGGACCGGCAUUUUCUUUGGCGGCCUGGUGCGGGACAUCAAGCGCAGGUACCCCAAAUACCUCAGCGACAUCCGGGACGCCCUGCACAGCCAGUGUCUUGCGGCCGUUCUCUUCAUCUACUUUGCUGCUCUCUCUCCUGCCAUCACCUUCGGGGGACUCUUAGGGGAGAAGACGGAGGGUCUCAUGGGUGUCUCAGAACUGAUCAUCUCCACCUCGGUCCUGGGCAUCCUGUUCUCCCUGCUCGGGGCCCAGCCCCUCCUUGUCAUCGGCUUUUCAGGACCCCUCUUGGUGUUUGAAGAAGCGUUUUACAAGCAUUGUAUACAGUGCAUACACUGUGCAGCCAUGCCGUGUCCAGUGCUGGGCUCCGCAUUGCAGGAGAGAUGUGGACAGAUUGGAAAGAGUCCAGUGAGGAGUGACAGCAAUCAUCAGGGGCCUGGGAUACAUGACUGUGAGGACAGGUUGAAAGAGCUAAAGUUCUGCCAGACCCAAGGCAUUGAGUACCUGACAGGCAGAGUGUGGAUUGGCCUGUGGCUCAUCGUCUUCAUUUUCAUCAUUGUGGCAGCUGAAGGCAGCUUCCUGGUGCGCUACAUCUCGCCCUUCACGCAGGAAAUCUUUGCCUUCCUCAUCUCCCUCAUCUUCAUCUACGAAACUUUCUACAAACUCUACAAGGUGUUUGCAGAGCACCCCCUGCUGAAGUUUUAUCCACCAAGCCUGCAAGGCAGCCUGAACACCAGUGCACUCUCUGCAGACGCCAUGACACUGGGAACCCGGAUGCAGCCCAAUACCGCCCUCCUCUCCCUCAUCCUCAUGCUGGGCACCUUCUUCAUUGCCUUCUUCAUGCGCAAGUUCAAGAACAGCCGCUUCUUGGGAGGGAAGGCUCGGCGCAUCAUUGGAGACUUUGGGAUCCCCAUCUCGAUCCUGGUCAUGGUGUUGGUGGACUACACCAUCACGGACACCUACACACAGAAGCUGAACGUCCCUGCCGGCCUCUCUGUCACGUCCCCCGACAAGCGCGGCUGGUUCAUCCACCCCUUGGGCAGCAGCCAGGCCUUCCCAGUGUGGAUGAUGUUUGCCUCGGCCAUUCCUGCACUCUUGGUCUUUAUCCUCAUUUUCAUGGAGACGCAGAUCACCACCCUGAUCGUCAGCAAGAAGGAGCGGAAACUGCUCAAAGGCUCUGGCUUCCACCUGGACCUGCUGCUAAUUGGCACCAUGGGUGGGCUCUGCGCCCUGUUCGGGCUGCCCUGGCUGACGGCAGCCACUGUGCGCUCCAUCACCCAUGUCAAUGCCUUAACUGUCAUGAGCAAGGCCAUUGCACCUGGGGAGAAGCCCAAGAUCGAGGAGGUGAAGGAGCAGCGGGUCACAGGCGUACUCAUUGCCACCCUUGUUGGCUUGUCCAUCGUGAUGGGUAACGUGCUGCGGCAGAUCCCACUGGCCGUGCUCUUCGGGAUCUUCCUCUACAUGGGGGUCACAUCUCUCACUGGCAUCCAGCUCUAUGAGCGGCUGCUCCUCAUCUUCAUGCCGUCUAAGCACCACCCUGAUCACAUCUACGUUGUCAAGGUGAAGACCUGGAGGAUGAACCUCUUCACCCUCAUCCAACUGGCCUGCAUUGUGCUGCUCUGGGUGGUGAAGUCAACCGUGGCCUCCUUGGCCUUCCCCUUCGUGCUGAUCAUGACAGUGCCCUUGCGACGCUUCGUGCUGCCCCGCUUCUUCCAGGAUAGGGAGCUCAAAGCUCUGGACUCGGAGGACGCGGAGCCGAACUUCGAUGAGGACGGCCGGGAUGAGUACAAUGAGCUGCACAUGCCUGUGUGAGUGGCUGCUGUGGUGCCUCUGCCCAUGCUGGGCUCUCUUCUGGACCCAGGGCCGUCUGAACAGGCCUCAGACUCACAGCAAGUCAAGCAGCUUCUGGUCUGCAGCAAUGAACAGCUGUUCUAUGGCCUCUGCCGGGCACGGUCCAGCUGAUCCCAUGACACCCAUCACCUGCUCAGUGGAGGCACCGUCUCCUUCUUCCCAGAGCCAGCGGGGCCGGGAAGUGCCUCUCACACCCAGAUGCUCCGUGGGACCCUGCACUCCCUCGGCCCUGAGCUGGCCCCAGUCCUUGCCGGUGGCUGGGGGCUGCAUUCAGUGCGUGGGCUGGUUAAAGGGAGCCAUGCCACUACCUCCCAUUCACCUGCUUCAGAUGCCAGCCCAGGAUCCAGGCACUGUGGAGGGAGAGGCUGGCCAGGCCCCACCCUGGCAGGGUAGGGAAGGGUCUCCUGCAGUCACAGUGCCAGGCGAGUCUUGCCUGCAAAGGGCCGGCCGCUUCCUGGGGCCAGACUCUGAAGGCAGCCUCCUUGCUCAGCCUGACAGGUGCCCUGGUCCAGCACGCCCUGCCAUGCCUUGCUCCCAGGUGUUUGUGCUCCCCAUGGUCCUUUAGCCCCGGCCCAGCUGUUAUUCCAAAUGCUACCCAAAAGGCUGCCCUCCGGCCCUCUUGCUGCAGCAGGACCGGCCUGCAAUCACAUGAGCAAACCAGAGAGUACAGCACAGCUCUCUGGUGGGCAGCAGGUCACCAGCUGCCACAAGGAGAAUCCCCCUCACACUUCACCAUGCCUGGGCAGCACUGGGUGACCCUGACCUCUCGGGGUUUGCUCUGAGCCCCCAGUGCCUUUCUGCAGAACCAGGGGACUGUGGACCCUGGCCGGGGCUCUGGGGAUGGGGGCACCCUGCAUGCCUGUGCCCUGAGAGCAGGCCCUUUCCCUGGGGUCGCACAGUGCUUCUGCUUUCCAGACCUGAAAGCAGCUGGCAGCACCUCCAGCAAAUCCCUCCCUCAGCCUGCACCAUGUGUCUAAGGUGAGGGGUUGUCUGUCCCCAUCUGAAGUCACGUUCAUCCCUGGUAACCAGGUGUGAUGUUACAGCUAAGGUUUGUGAUGUCAGAAGGGCACAGAGCAGGUGGGCAGGGCCCUUGGGGGGUAGGGCUGCAGGGAGUGUACCCCCACCAUCCCCCGUAGGCACCGGUCUCAACAGCCACCGACUGGGUUUGCUGAGGUGUUCAGGCCCCUCAGGACACGGAGGCCUCAGCCCAGUGACUGGAUCACUGUGGAUCCCUGACCCCUCCCUGCCUGGUGGGCAGUUUGGCCCGGAUCCCCCCCAGUGAUCAGGUCACUAUGGAAACUUCCUCCUGCUGCCCCCAGAGCUGGGUCACCCAUUAGCAGUGCCUGGUAGCUGGGGAAUGAGCAGUAGCCACCAGGAACCUGGUCUUCAGGCCUGCGGUGUGAGCCCUGGGCAGCCACAUCUCUGUGCAGGGAAGCCAUGGGGGUGUCUGGCUGUCCAGGUCUGGUUCCUGGCAUGGGUUGCUAGGGCCCCUGGCUCUCUGGCAGGCCCAGGCUGUAGCUGAAGAGAUUAUCUGUGAUGUGCUCUUAGCGUGUGGCUGGGGGCUAGCCCUGGCAGGCAGGAGGCCCAAGAACAUGGGCUCCUGCUCUUUCUGGGGACAGGAGGGGAUGGUGCCCUUGCAGGGUAGGUGCCAGCCUAGGAUCCCUGUCUAUAGCACUGCUUGGCCCUGGGACCCCAGUCUGUCCCUGGCCCUGCCCCGUUCCUAUCUGUCAGUGGGCACAGAUCCUUCCUUACCGCCUGGGGCACUUGCUAGGCUUUGGAGUCACGUGUUGCACCCACAGAGCCUCAGAAAUACCCACCCAAAGGGAGAAACCCCUUUGGCGCCCACAGCCCUGCCAUGCCCAUGGAUGCCCUCGCAGGUGGGAAACUGGUGUCUUCUGUGCGUCUGUGGCUGUGUGUCCUGUCCUCCUUGUGUAGUGUAGGAGGCCUGUUGUCUCUGUGUCCCCGGCAGCCUGGCUGUGUGUGGUGACUUCUGACUGUAGUGGAAACAGCAGCACUAAUAAACCCUUUGCAGGA